CUUUACUGUGCAGAAGAAUCUGCUUCUCGGUCCUACCUGUUCCUCAGUCCAGUGGUGUCCUGCUUCCCCCCUGGUGCCAGCAUCUUCAUCCCCAAAAAGGUCUGCGGUCUCUGGUCAUCUCUUGUAGUAUGUCCACAGUCUCUGGUCAUAUCCUGUACUAUGUCCGCAGUCUCUGGUCAUCUCCUGUACUGUGUCCGCAGUCUCUGGUCAUCUCCUGUACUGUGUCCGAAGUCUCUGGUCAUCCCCUGUACUGUGUCCGCAGUCUCUGGUCAUCUCCUGUACUAUGUCUGCAGUCUCUGGUCAUCUCCUGUACUGUGUCCGCAGUCUCUGGUCAUCUCCUGUACUAUGUCCGCAGUCCCUGGUCAGCUCCUGUACUAUGUCUGCAGUAAAACAUUUCAACACAUACCGUUUUAUUCUCUAGGGCCUCUG